GCCACACGUAAACCCACUCGCUUAGACCAACAUUGUCGUUCGGAGUUAUCGCUCUUUGCUCAAUUUAAAUAAUUUUUUACAAUUAUUUUUUUUUUACGUUUUAAUUAAUUCAUUUACGGUGAAAAAAAAGCUGGAUUGAAAUUAUUCUGUUUAUUUCUAAUGUGUUUUAGAUUAUAUUUUUAAAUCUAAGCAACGAAGAAAAUUUCGUUUUGUGAUUUCGUUAGUUGGAAGGAUUUUUUCACGGAAAGAACUUAGAGAAAUGCUGUCAGUGUCAUAUUUUCUUUGCUAAGUCGACAGGUUUACACCAGGUACAGGCAGCGGGGCAUCAGGGCAUAAAGGCAUCAAGGCAUUCGGACAUUUGGACUUACAUCAAUGCAGUCUGGAGGGAACGAUAAAAAUCGUAGAGUAAACAUUACCUGCAGAAAACCGUUAACAUAAUAUCAUUAGUGGAACAUCAACAACAGGACGUUACCAACACAUCACUAAUAGGACAUCACAAAUAGGACAUCAUCAAUAGGACAUCACCAAUAGGACAUAAUCAACAGGACAACAUCACCAAGACAUCACCAAUCGGACGUUACCAAUAGGACAUUACCAAUAGGACAUUAUUAACAGGACGUUACCAACACAUCACCAAUAGGACAUCACCAAUAGGACAUCAUCAAUACAACAACAUCACCAAGACAUAAUCAAAAGGACAUCAUCACCAAGACAUCACUAAUAGGACAUCACCAAUAGGACAUCAUCAAUAGGACAUCACCAACAGAACAUCAUCAAUAUUACAUUACCAACAGAACAUCAUCAACCGCUAACCCAACGAAAACUACCCCAUCGUGUCUGAGAUCCCAGCCCCGCUUAACUCCCCUAUAGGCUCCAAACCUCCACUACACCGCACUGAUCUCAUAACACUGGCGGUACCUGCUAUUUUGACGGGAUUAUAAAACUUUGAUGGGAGUUAUUGACGAAAUCUAUAGUGCGGUCGUUUGCCUUAUCUUGGUUCAUUGAGCUAUUUUUUUCUAGUCUUUGAGCAAUCUGAACAUUCAUUGAUGAUGUAAGUAUCAAAUGUGCCGACUUCGUUUUGUUUUUAACUCUUUAAAAAUUACAACGGAGUGGUGAAAAAUAAAUAAUGUGUCUUUUAAAAUAAUCAACUUUUGCUCAAGUUCCAUGGAUUUAUAAAGGAAAGUAGCAGAAAUCUCCGAAAAAAGUGCGCACAAAAAUUGAUUGAAAUUUCCCAGACGACAAAAUUGAUAGCGUGGUGCACAACCUCCCUGGGGUGAAGGUCACCGCGCGCGUGGAUGUCACCUCAGCGCGUGACGUCAUCGGCGCCAACGACGACAUCCGCGGCAACUCGGCAGAGGCGACGAGGACCUUCCGUCAAAACCCGACCCCUGUCGACCCUACGGUUAGCCGGAGUACGACCCCCGCUGACCGGAUCUCGACCCCCAUCAGGCGGAUCCCGGCCCCCGUUGACAGAAACGUGACCCCGAUCGACCGGAACACACGCUCGAUUGAAGGAACUUUGACCCCUGUUGGCCGGAGUACGACCCCCGUCGGUCAAACCUCGACCCCCGGUCACAGUUUGACCCCCGUGGAUGACAGUCCGACCCCCGUGGGGGACAACUCGCGAAAGAUUGUGAUUAAGGAGACCAGACCAUGGACAGACGGCAGGCAGGCUAUCGUGGAUGACGUCAUCACUUCCGCUUCCGGCAGUGACCCCCGCCCCAGCAGCCUCGGUAACGGAAGUGUGAACAGGGCGGUGCAUUUUGAAAUGCCAGUUUCCUCCUACGCCGAGACCACCGACGCCGAAGAAAGCACAAAUGGCCACACACCUAUCAACAUCGACGACGCCGAAGAAAGUAAAGUUCGCUGGGAUUGGUCGAACCGUCAGAGCAAGAUCGUGAUUGGCUCGUUUGUCUCUAUGAUCAUCGCUGUGACGUGGGUGGCCUUCAGUGUGUUGGUUCAGAACGCCGUGGAGACCAAGUCCUUUGACGCGCCCUUCUCGCUCACGUACUUCUUCCUGGUGUGUCCAGUUCUGCUCUUUCCCGCCUAUUUGUGUGCUGCCCGCCUUGCCAACUACCAACCCACGUUGGAGAUUUUAAGAGAAUGUAUCCACGUGUACCGAGGCAGCGACGAGUUCCAGAAACUGCCGUUCGUCUGGAAGUCGGUGCUCUUCUGUCUGGUGUCCACCAUCACCAUGUACACGUACAUGAAGGCCUUGUACAAGCUGGAGGCCUCGGACUGCACCGCCCUGUACGCAGCCAAUCACAGCUUCGUUUACUUACUGUCGUGGAUUGUUUUGUUUGAGAAGUUCAUAGCCAUGAGGAUUUUUGCCAUGAUAUUCUCAAUCACUGGUAUCGUGUUGUUCGCCUAUGUUGAUGGCUACGGCAGCCCGGCCAUGUUUGGUGUCGUCAUGGGCGUGGCCUCAUCUUCAGGUGCAGCUGUUUACGGGGUGCUGUAUAAAAAAUUUAUUGGUGAGGCCACAGGUGCCCAGGCCGCCUUCUUUAUAUCUGUUGUAGCGUUCUUCUCCUUGAUAUUGCUACUGCCACUGUGGUUGUUGCUGUACCUACUGAACGUGGAGAAGAUCAACUGGGGUGAGGUGCCCUGGGGAAUGAUCCUACCAAGUGCUUUCUUAACUAUAGUGUAUUGGUGUGUAAAAGAGUGUACCGUCAAACUGACCUACAAAGUUUUCAUCGGCCUCGGCCUGGUGUUAGCCAUACCUGUGUGUGCGUUGGCAGACGCAGAAUGGAAAAAUCGGAAAUUCCCAGGAAUGAAAAUAGCCGCCCUGGUACUCAUCACGAUCGGUGUCAUUCUAAUUUUGUUGCCGGAAAAUUGGCACGACUUCUUUUGUAAACAUCUGAGAGGCAAACAACGAGACAGCGAGCAGCAGACGAUAGGCAACAGUACAACACUUAGAGGGCGGCUCAGCCGAACUUCGUAUAUGUGAUUUUAACACAAAUCAUUUCUUAAUAAAUAAUUAAAAUACGUCUAUUUGGUCGGAAUUUUAGUUAAGAGAAACGCAUAUGCAAAAAGACAAAUCGAACAAGACCUAAAUAAGAUUACUUAAUAUAAAAUCAUGUUUGUUUUAAUUGUAUGUGUUCGAAGUGUACUGAAAUUAUUUAACAUCAUAUAACUUUUAUUUACGUUAAUGUUGUUUCAUGCAUAAAACUAUUGAAUGAAUAUGAAGGCUAUGAAGGCUUCACACAUUAAAAAGUAAUUUUAUAGGUCUAUAUGUAUAAAUAUAAUUAUAAAUAUAUAUGAAUAUACAUA